AUGACCUACUUUGAAUAUCAAUGCCAACAGUCUUCAUUUUCCAAGCCGUUCCCGUAUUCAUUCUAUACUCCUCCAUACGACUGCGGUUAUUCACAAUACGUUAAACAAUAUCCUGCUCCACAGCUACCACCCUCUCCUCCGAAUAACACGCCUCCCCUCACUCCAACCACUGUCGAUUCAUUGCACGCGUCGAAUACGAGGAUAAAACCCGAGAUGGACAGUAGUGUUGCCUCAUCACGUGUAGGAGCACAUUCACGUAUCGAUGGAGGAUUAUUAGAAGAGGCUAACGGUAGUCAAUACAAGGCAGCAUCCGAACAAGGGAUACAAGGAGAAAUAUUAAAUGCAGACGCGUGUAAAUUCAACGGUCGUCUUAUUGGGAAAACAUCAUCCGGAGACAUUGUCAAUCUCCUCAAUGAUAUCGACGAGUCCAACGGCUACUUGAUCCACUCCUGCAAUACAUCACGUAGGAAUAGUACAAUCUCUCUUUCAACUACGCUUGCCCUUCGGGAAGGGUCAACUCGUAUACGAUCGGAGUACACUGAUACUACUUCGCCUUCCUGGACAUCUACUAAAUCACACCAGAGUCUCUCGCUAGCAUCUCUCUCGCACGUUUCUCCUAGCAUAAUUACUGCUGAGGAAUACAUGCAUAAAAUAAAUAUGAACAUGAACAUAAUUCGUAAUGAUGAUGAGAGAGAGUUUGAACUAAGAAACAAGAAGAAGAGAGUUCCCAAUAUCGAAGACGGUAUAGAAAGGGUGAACAAACAUAACAGGGCCGAUAAUGGGGUCAUAUUAACAGAUGCUCAAGCGAAUAUCACGACGAAUGCCGAAAACACUCCUGCAGUGGCUGCUGGACAGAAUGGAAGCAAUCAGAGCAAUGCAAGUAGCAUAGCCAAUGGGAAACAAGGCACAACACAAAAGAAUAGAAAGUUUUUCUGCACCUGGGAACCUUGUGGGAAGAGUUUUACUACCAGCGGUCAUCUGGCUCGACAUUUUCGUAUUCAUACUGGCGAGAAAAACUUUAAAUGUUUCUGGCCCGGCUGCGAGUCGCGCUUCUCCCGUCAAGAUAACAUGAUGCAACAUUAUCGUACCCACACAUCCUCUCGAUCGAGACAUCGACGAGAAAGUAGAAGUCUCCCUGUAAUAGGGAGAGAUGGGAGAGAUACUAACAGAGAUAUGUAUUUUGCGAAUGUCAACGGCAACAGCGCAAACAUCCGAAAUUAUCAGCAACCGUUUGUUAAUGGGUACGGACAGUAUUGUGGCCAACAUGGCGAGCCAUACGAAGCUAAUGCAGUGAAUUGCGUUCAAGGAUAUGCAAAUCAACAAAUGCAGCGGGUACAACCUCACAUUCAACAACUCCAAUCUAAUCAGUCAAUACCGUGCCACAGACCUCAGUCACAUCAAGAUACUUUACCGCCUUUGUCUCUUGUGGUUGGGAAUGCUUUCUUCGGAUCCGAUGCUAGCUCAAUGAGUGGAAGAAUAGGGAAUUUAGGGUAUGAGGCGCAAAGAGAGACAUAUAGGGAAAGGGUGUGA